AUGUCAUCAGUAAUUGCUUCAAAUAUUCCUUCCGAUGUAUCACCGGUGAAAGUUAGGGAAUUCUUUUCCUUCUGUGGUAAAAUAACCGAUUUAAAGCCAUUGGAUGAUAAUGGGAAAGUUAAAAAGUACGAAGUUGUGUUUGCUUCCCCAAAAGCUGUAUCUACUGCAUUAUUAUUGAGUGAUGCCGAAUUAGAAAACACUUUUAUUAAAGUUGAAGAGGUUCCAGAAAUUACCGAGGGCGAAACCGGACUUGCACCAGAACAAGGAGGUGCUGCUGCUGCUGCUGCCGCCGCUACUACUACUACUACAACUGAAAAGGAUAUCAAAGAGGAGCCAGUAUUGACAGGUGACAAGACAUAUGAUGAAGUUGAUCAAGAAGAAAAACCAAAAUACGCUAUUUUUGCACAAUUGUUGGCAGAUGGAUAUGUUAUUUCCGAUCAAGUUAUUGCCAAGGGUAUUGAAUUUGACAAGAAAAAUGGUGUUUCAUCUAGAUUCAAUGAAUUUAUUACUGGAUUGGAUAAGAAAUAUGUCCACUCGCAAGAUCCUAAUAGUAAAGUCAACCAACAAUUGCAGAAAGCUCAAGCUAGUUAUGAAAAGAGUGGUAUUGAUCAAAAAUUGCGUAAAUAUUUUGAAGACGCUGCCAAACUGCCAUUGGGUUUAAAGAUUCAUGAAUACUAUAAGUCAUUUGCCAAAGACGUUACUGAUGUGCACCAAGAAGCAGUAAGAUUAGCUAAUAUCAAGAAAAGAGAAUUAGAAGAAAAGAAACAAGCCGAAAGUGGAUCUACCACUACUGAGACCAAGGACACUUCUAUCCCACAAGUUCAAUAA